CCGGAAGUCGACACGGAGUAUUCAGACCCCUUCGACGCUCAGCCUCGUCCCCCGCCCCCGGAGGGUGGCUACAUGGAGCCCUACGGGGCCCUGCGGGGCCUGAGCGAACUGCCCUGCAGGCCGGUGCAGCUGUAUGACACGCCUUACGAAGAGCCGGACCCGGAGGCAGGGGACGUGGGUCAGCCGCCUCCCGGGCAGCGGCCUCGACAGAGCCGGAUGCCCCCGGAGGACGAACGGCCGGCGGAUGAGUACGACCAGCCCUGGGAGUGGAAGAAAGACCACAUCUCCAGGGCGUUUGCAGUGCAGUUUGACAGUCCCGAGUGGGAAAGGACCCCGGGCUCAGCCAAGGAGCUCCGGAGACCCCCACCCAGAAGCCCCCAGCCCGCAGAGCGUGUGGACCCGGCCCUGCCCCUGGAGAAACAGCCGUGGUUUCACGGCCCGCUGAGCAGGGCGGACGCGGAGAACCUGCUGUCGCUCUGCAAGGAGGGCAGCUACCUGGUGCGACUCAGCGAGACCAGCCCCCAGGACUGCUCCCUGACCCUGAGGUGA